AAUAUAUUUAAAUUAUAAUCAAGUAAUGUACAUAUCAUGAUCACAUAAGAAACAAGCCACCACCAUGGCCACAACAACAAUAGGGCCGCUCAUCCCUGUCGCAGCAAACCCUAGGUCCCAAAAUGGAAGCCAACGGUUUCCCGCCGACCACCCAAUCCUUUCAUUCCUCGACGAACAUAACACCCUCACCACCGCCGAUCUCAAGAGAAUCCAUGCCCGCAUGCUCCGCUUCGACCUCCUCCGCCAUCCCUACGCUGCCAGCCGCCUCCUCACAUCCUUCGCCCUCUCCCCCUCACGCAAUCUCCCCUACGCCCUCCGGCUGUUCGAUCAAAUCCCUCAUCCAAAUCUAUACUCCUGGAACAUCCUCAUCCGCUCCCUCGCCUCCAGCCCCCUCCCCUACCUCAGCCUCCAUCUCUUCUCCCGCAUGCUCACCUCCAGCCCUCACUCCCCCGAUCGCUUCACCUUCCCUUUCGUAAUCAAAGCUGCGGCAGAACUCGAGAUGCUCGGAGAGGGUUCCGCACUCCAUGGCCUGGUUAUCAAAUCCCCAUUCCAUUCUGACGUCUUCAUACUCAAUUCUCUAGUCCAUUUCUAUGCUGUUUGUGGGUGCUUAGAUCUUUCACGCCAGGUGUUUGAUUUUAUUCCUCAGAAAGACGUUGUUUCCUGGAACUCCAUGAUCACGGCGCUGGUACGAGCUGACCGCUGCAACGAUGCGUUGGAGCUUUUUAAGGCGAUGGAGCAGAGCGGAUUUGCCCCCAAUGAUGUCACAAUGGUUAGUCUUCUUUCUGCUUGUGGGAAAAAAGGGAACUUGGAGCUCGGUUGGUGGAUGCAUUCUUAUAUCAAGCAGAAUGGAAUCAAACAGUGCUUAAUACUUAACAAUGCCAUCCUCGACAUGUACGCGAAGUGUGGGAGCUCUGCUGAUGCAAGCUUGCUUUUUAACAGCAUGAAGAAGAAGGAUUCAAUCUCCUGGACUACCAUGCUGGUUGCUUAUGCCAAAUCUUUUGAAUUCGAUGCUGCUCGUCGUGUGUUUGAUGAAAUGCCGCACCGGGAUACUGCCGUAUGGAAUGCGUUAAUCUCUGGCUAUGAACAGAAUGGCAGACCCAAAGAUGCUCUGGCCGCUUUCAACGAACUGCGGGAUGUUGCUAAGCUCGAGCCUGACGAGCUCACAUUCGUUGCAGCAUUAUCAGCAUGCUCCCAGUUGUGUGCAUUAGAAUCUGGUAAACGCAUUCACUCUCAUCUCAAGAGCAAUAGUUUUGUUCUAAACUAUCAUCUUGCUACAGCACUUAUAGACAUGUACUCAAAGUGUGGAGAUUUGGAGAAUGCGGUUGAGGUUUUCAGAUCUGUCAAUAAAAGAGAUGUCUUUGUUUGGAGCUCUAUGAUUGCAGGGCUUGCGAUGCACGGUAGGGGGAUGGAAGCCAUGGAUUUGUUUAAAGAGAUGCAGGUGGCUAAAGUCAAGCCCAAUCAUGUUACUUUCACCAACAUCCUCAGCGCUUGUAGCCAUGCCGGGCUGGUGGAAGAAGGAAGAAUGUAUUUCACCAAAAUGCUUCCUUUAUAUGGGAUUGCACCACAGAUUGAGCAUUAUGGUUGCAUGGCUGACAUCCUAGGCCGCGCGGGGCGUUUGGAAGAAGCAAGGGAGCUGAUAAAAAGCAUGCCUUUUCAGCCCCCUGCUUCUGCAUGGGGAGCACUGCUGGGAGCCUGUGUGGUGCAUGGAGAUGUAUUACUGGGAGAGCUUGCCUGCCACAAGCUUCUUGAGCUUGAGCCGAGAAAUGAUGGAGCUUACGUUCUGCUUUCUAAUCUAUACGCAAAGGCUGGUAGAUGGGAGGAUGUUGGUAGACUGAGGAAGUCAAUGAGGGAUCAGGGAUUGAAGAAGGAGCCUGGGUGUAGCUCAAUGGAGGUGGAUGGAGUGAUCCAUGAGUUCUUAGUGGGAGAUGCAUCGCAUCCUUUGUCUGAAAGGAUAUAUAAGAAGUUGGAGGAGAUGACUGAGAGAUUGAAGGCUGUGGGUUAUGAAGCAAACAGGACGCAGCUGUUGCAGAAUGUAGAAGAUGAAGUUGGAAAGGAGCAUGCUUUAAGUCUGCACAGUGAGAAGCUGGCGAUUGCUUAUGGGCUGAUCAGUGUGAGGGAGACUAUGGCUAUUAGGAUUAAUAAGAACCUGAGGAUAUGUGAGGACUGCCACUCUGUUGGGAAGCUGAUAUCUGAUGUUUACGGGAGGGAGAUACUCAUCAGGGAUCGGUACAGGUUCCAUCAUUUUAAACAAGGAAGGUGUUCUUGUAAGGAUUAUUGGUAGGGCUGUCAAAACGGCUCGUUGUUCGCGAACAGCUCUUCUUC